UCUGCGUGCUUAAUCAGAACAAGCACCCUAUUGUGGUUCGCAUCUCAUCCCAACUUCAAGUUCUCACAUAAUUUUAGUAUCAGGGGAAAUGCCUUGAAACAAAACGGUUGGCUUCAGUUGGGAACGAUUAUAUCGUCUUCCCCGAUUGCUGAUACUCGAUAAGUAUGAGCACGACCAAUAAAGCAAGAUAUGAUAAGGUCUUCCAGCACCACGAGAGCGGGUGAUAGUAAUGCAACUUUACUACCGAAUUCGUCUAUGCUCCGCAAAACCACACAGCAUGCUGGCGGUUCAGCCUAACCUUGCCACAUUUUCUUGUGAUACCUUCAAGAAACGGAAAUUAUACGAAAGCGAAUCAUGAUUACCAAGAAGAAAGUAGGUGAGAACGGGUUCAGCCGCAAUUGCGUGGCCAAUCUCUGCUGCGCCACGAGUCGGUGGCUGGUAUGUUGUUCAGCUCCGCUGUGAAACGAUCUUAGCAACAUCUGGAAGCUUGUGGCGAUCCAGCCAGGCACAACCAGGCUUGCUUCUUUCUUCUAUUUCUAUGCAAUCAUCUAAACAUUGGCCGAUGCAAUAAAACUUGUCCAAUGUCCUCAGGAGUUCGUGGCGACUCGCAAUAACUGUUUUCUCGAUAAGCCGGCAUUGAUAACUUCCUGUGCUAACACUACGAACCCAACGAACAAAAUUGUAGAAAGCAACCCGAGAAAGAACCAUAAUCUCUCACUUCUAAUCCUUAUUGCUGCUAUGCAUCAAAUUUUGCUUGUACGCCGAGCUGCCAAGUCGCCUUUACAUUAUUAUAAGGUGGAGACUCAGAACCAAAGUGCUUGGACUAAGAAAUGCAAGGUCCGAGGUGCGAUAUGCGAGAUCCGAACUCUAACCCAAGAAUCAUCACUCUGAUCAGUUGUAACGAAAAUUUGCUUUAAAAAGCAUCUUGCAAUCCUAAUGAAACAACUAUAUAAAUAACACUGAUAGCACUGGAAUCGAGUAAACAUCACAAUUUACUGCUUCGCGCUAUCACACCAAAGACUCCAGCACAUUUUCCUGAUAAACUUCACUCCUCAUCAAUAAUUUAGAAAAUGGCACCCUUUUUAUCUAAAGUCCUCGCUGUUUCGCUAGCUUUCGUGGCCACGCAAGCAAAUGCAGCAGUCGUCCCAAGGGCGGACGCCAAUCUGAAAGACAACACAGCGUUGUUCGAGAAAUUGACCACGGCGCCCACAGAAAUCCGUCGAUGGAGAGAGCUCUUCACCAAGGAUGGAAAGGAGCUCCUCGGUUCCGAAGAACUUUCCGCGGCCACGACCUUUGAUUUCAACACGGAGACCGGCCCAGAAACCGUCGUUGUUGGGACUCAAGGAGGCCAGCCUCACACUGCGGAAGUCGACACCUUCCCUUUUCUCUACGGCUCCGGCCUGACAAUGACCUACGGCGUCAUCGGUCCUUGUGGUGUCUUCCUCCCACACGUGCACCCCCGCGCAAACGAGUUCUUUGUCGUGACUGACGGUCAGGUUCAAUUCGGCACUGAACUCGAGAUUGGGCUACUGGGGGGCAUGAUACCAUCCCCGGAGAUAUCUGGAACGAUCAAGACGAAUAUGGGUACUUUGUUCCCGCAGGGCAGUAUACAUUAUCAGGUUAACACGCACCCGGAGUGUAAGAGCACGACCUUCUACGCGGCACAGAGCUCGGAGAAUGCUGGGUCUACUACGGUACUUCAGGAUCCGACACGUGGAAACGGAACUACAGUGAAGAGUUUGGGUAGAAGGUUGGUUGGGGCUGAGGAUUUUGAGCGUGUGAGGGGACUGCUUUCGUCGAGGAUUGUUGGGAUUGUUGAAGAGUGUUUGGCGAGGUGCGAUAUCAAGUAG